CACCUUUCCCACCAAGAAAUUACCGUCCUAUUUUUAACAUAUCAACAGGAAAAAAAGAAACUCAAAUUCUGAUAACGUCCAGUUCAUUAAACAUUGCGAAAGCCAAUGCUUUUCAAGCCAAAAUCAACUCCAAUCUACCUUGCUCGGAUAAUUUUCCUCCAAAACUCUCAACGAAAUCUCAGCACAAAAUCCAGUCAUUAUUCUCGCAAAAAUAUUGAUGAUGAUGAUAAAGACCAGAAAACUCGAGACACAAAAGAAGAUCAACAAGACCAUUUAUAUUUGUAUAAGAGCAAGGGCCAACAUCUCCUCACCAACACACGGAUUCUCGACGCUAUUGUUCGAAGAUCUAACAUAAGACCUACCGACACCGUCUUAGAGAUCGGACCCGGGACUGGAAAUCUCACGGUCAAGCUCCUUGAAGCUGCUAAAAAGGUUGUUGCCAUCGAAAUUGAUAAAAGAAUGGUGGAUAUUCUCCACAAACGCGUUUCUGAGAAAGGGUUGCAAGAUAGGAUCCAUGUUAUAUGUAAAGAUGCAAUGAAGGCGGAGUUUCCUCAAUUUGAUCUUGUUGUUGCUAACAUUCCGUACGGAAUAUCUUCCCCUCUUGUGGCAAAAUUGGUUUAUGGAGGGAACCCUUUUAGGAGUGCAACAUUGCUUCUUCAAAAGGAGUUUGCACGUCGGUUACUGGCUAAGCCUGGGGACUCGGAGUUUAACAGAUUGGCUGUGAAUGUGAAGUUGGUGGCUGAUGUAGAAUUUGUCAUGGAUGUAAGCAAAAGGGAGUUUCUUCCUUGUCCAAAAGUUGAUUCCUCUGUUGUUAUAAUCCGACCAAAAGCUGAAGUCCCAGAUGUUAAUCUAGACGAGUGGUGGGCUUUCACAAGGACUUGUUUUAGCAAGAAGAAUAAGACGCUAGGGGCUACGUUUAAGCAGAAGAAGAAGGUGAUAGAGCUGUUGAGAUUGGCCAAGACAACGAGCACAAAUAGAGAAAAUACUAUAAUUGGCAAGAAUCAUGAAUGUGGUGAUGAUUAUGAUGGUAGCCAUGAAGAAGAAGAUACCGAUGGAGAUGUUGGUUUUGCAUCAUCUUGCUCUGUUGUGGAAAUGACUUUGUUCAAAGAGAAUAUUGUUGGGAUUUUAAAAACAGGUGGGUUCGAAGACAAGAGGCCUUCAAAGCUGUCUAAUGAGGAGUUGUUACAUUUACUUUCCUUGUUUAAUCAAGCUGGGAUAUAUUUUCACGACCACGUAAAUCCCAAAGAUUCAGAUAAUGUUUCUUUUGCUGCUGCUUAUAGUUCAUAGUAGCUCCAUCCUUCUUCGGUAGUACUUUCUUUGUGAAUUGUGAUACUGUUGUUUUCAUCCUUCUUCACUAUAAAAUUGGGUUCUUUAAGCAAAACAUAGGGUCCAAAAUUGGGUUGUGUUAGUAAAUCAAGUGGGCUUUUGGUUAAUGGUGGUAAUGGAUGGGUUUUUCUCGUGACUCAAACCUGAUUUCAUAGAAUAUGUACCAACUUUGACUUCAUAAAAUAUAUAUUUGAC